ACCAGUAGAAGAAGCAACGGGGCUGGGUGGGAGAAUUCUCAAGAAACCACUGCGGAGCACCAUGAAUCUCGCGUCUGGAAGCAAGCAAUCUCCAAUGCAGAAACAGCCCUGUUGCGGGUUCAUGUGGCCAGAAACUUGGCCUUCAACAUUCCCUAGCAGCGAUCCAAUGGAACCAGCUACUCAAGAUGAGAGAAACCAGCCCCCUUGUGGAUGCUGCAGGCACACACCUGGACAACCUCCAAUGCAGCAACGGCCCUGUCCUGGAUCCACCUUGCCAGGAACUUGUCUUGUGCCUCCACCAUUCCUCAAUAGCAAUCAAAUGGAACCGAGUAUUCAAGAUGAGGGAAUUAGUCCACCUUGUGGUUGCUGCAGGCGCACACCAGGACAACAACCUCCAAUGCAGCUACAGCGCAAUUCCGUUUUUGCACUGCCAACAGUGCCUCAAAUACCUUUAUUCUAUCACCAGCCUUUCUCUUCGUAUUUGUUCAUGCCUCCCCUAUCUCCAUCUGCUUGGUAUCAACCACCAGGAGCUCCAUACUAUACAAACCCAUCAGCCAUGUAUGCAACACCUUCAUUUCCCUGGAAUUGGCACCAAACACCAGGUGCUUCAUACCUAGCAAAUCCAUCAACCAUGACUCCACCACCUCCACCUAGUUGGCAUCAAGCACCGUCUUUUUCAGGUUGGGAAAACCCAUCAGGCAUGCCUCCAACACUUCCAGCCGGUUGGCAUCAGGGGUACCAGGCAACCCCACCAGCCUUGCCUCCAGCAACUUUAGCUGCUUGGUAUCAGGCGUACCAGGCAACUCCACCAGCCAUGUCUUCAGCACCUCCUGCUUCUUGGUAUCAGGCGUAUCAGGCGUACCAGGAACCCCCACCAGCCAUGCCUCCAGCACCUCCAGCUGCAUGGAACCAGGGGUACCAGGCAACCCCGCCAGCCAUGUCUCAAGCACCUCAAGCACCUCCAGCUGCAUGGCACCAGGGGUACCAGGCAACCCCACCAGCCAUGUCUCCAGCACCUCCAACUCCUUGGCAUCAGGCGUAUCAAGCAACCCCACCAGCCAUACCUCCAACACCUGUAGCGACUUGGUAUCAACCACCAUCGGCUUCUUAUCAGGAGAACCCAUCAGUCAUACCUCCGGCACCUCCAGCUGCAUGGUAUCAACUACCCUAG